GAAGAGGGAUUUUUCAAUAUUAGCUCUCGUGUUGAAGUUUGUGCGCGGAACGUUUGGUGCAUAGGAAACUUACUGAUCACCUACUGAGAAAUAUGAAACUUUGGAUAUUAUAUCUAGCAUGAUGCAUAAGCUUUUUGGUGUUGAAUAGUCUAGCUAGUUGAUGAAAAGCCUUGAGUUUGGUUCUCUAAUCUUAUAAAUUAGAACUGUUUUUCUAACUUAUCCAGAAUGAUGGUCGGACGUACUUAAUUAUUUAAACAACCCUGAACUAAUUUUUGGUGUUGAUGAAAAUGUUUGAUUAUGAGGGGGUUUAUGGCUAAAAUGCGAUUGUAUUUUAUAAAUUCUUAACAACUAUGCAAAACCACUAUGUGAAUCAUUAGGGAUUUAUUUUCUCCGUCAGCCCUAUGCCCAAUGUACUCAGCCAGUUCAACUGCAAUCUUGAAAGUUUUUAUCCAAUAAAUCAGGGCGUAAUCAUCAUUGUUCACAAACUUAGUUUAGUGUAUAUGCCCACCAAUUUUCUGAGUGUUCAAUCGCGUAGUUAAUUAAACUAACGUGCGACUUCCUGAUUGUCCUUUGGAAGCAUAUACACAUGGCGGUGGUAAAUGUACUUCCUUACCAUCUGUGUCAACUUCGACUAAAUGUUUAGUAUCAGUGGUUAAGACAUACCUUCAAAAGUUUGGAUAAAAUGUGGCAGUCUUGUUUUCUUGACAUGUCAAACUUCUUGCCUAAUUUUAUUGAUGCGCGUUUCACGUACUGGCCAAAAUUCAGAGUUGUACUCAUCUUCAACAGUUGUUGUAUGUAGUGAGUUUUUAAAGCUUCUGCUGUCGGCGUUUUUGGUUUUGUUCCAAGAAGGUCAAAUUAAAAACAGUAUUACAUCAAUUUAUAAUCAUAUAAUCGUUCAGUAUUAUGACAUGAUUCAAAUUAUAAUUCCGUCAACUCUUUAUACUGUACAGAAUAAUUUAUUAUAUUUUGCUAUUUCACAUUUGAAUGCUGUUUUAUAUCAAAUACUUUACCAAAGUAAAAUAUUCACCACCGCUAUAUUUAUGAUAUUAUUAUUAAAUCAACGCUUACGUUCAACUCAAUGGUUUGCCCUUUUAUUACUCAGUACGGGUAUUGUCUUGACACAGUUGCCUUCAUUAGAUCAAUCAACAUCAAGUGGUGAAUUCCGCUCAAAUUUGUAUGGGUUAUUAGCAAUUCUACUGGCUUCUUUCACUAGUGGAUUUGCUGGUGUUUACCUUGAGAAAAUAUUUAAAGGAACAUCAACUUCAAUCUGGAUGCGAAACUUACAGUUAGCUCUUUUCGGUGUGCCAAUCGGUCUGCUUGGAGUCUUCGUUAAUGAUGCACCAAAAGUCAAAACUUUGGGCUUUUUUCACGGUUAUACACCUAUCGUUUGGAUUGUAGUUAUCCUUCAGGCAUUUGGAGGGUUAACAAUAGCAUUUGUCAUGAGAUAUGCUGAUAAUAUUUUGAAGGGUUUCUCUAUGGGUCUAUCAAUGAUUCUGUCAUCUUUCAUAUCCUAUUUCUUAUUUGAUGACUUCACUCCAAACACGUAUUUAUUUAUCGGAUCCAUAUUAGUUAUCAGUGCAACGGUAAUAUAUGGUCUCCCAGAAAAGCGCAAUACUGUCUCCCCAACUGUAGACAAAGCAUAAACUUGCGAAAAAUGCUACAUCAAAAACUGAUAGCAAUCAAGCUGUGAAAGUACAUUUUAU